AUGAACCGACUCUCACUCACUGGUUGUGACUGCAUCUCCUCUUGCAGUUUUCUGUCAGCUCUCACUAUCCUUCAUGUCUCCAUUUCACUCCCUCCCUCUGGAUUCUCAAUUGAACUCUCACUCAUCGACUCUCACUUACCUGUUGUGACUGCAUCUCCUCUUGCAAUUUUCUGUCAGCUCUCACUGACCAUCUCUUGGCACCGCUUUGGUUUCAUCUC